UUUACCCGGAAAAUAUUUUCUCUCAACAGGAGGCGGUUGUGAUUUUUUUCAUGGCAAAGUUGAUUUUACAUUUGCUGUGGUUGCGUUUUUUUCUCUAGUUACAACUUUCUUUCUUAAAUAAUAUUAUUUAUGUUUGUGGUGGGGCGUUAAUUUUGAACGCCUUUUGGGUCAGUGUUGAUUCCGUCGCAUUGCUUCAGGUUCAGGGUCAGGUUGUAUUCUGUUCUGUUUUCUGACUCAUUACUGAGACUGUGAAAAUAGUAACGUUGGUAUUACUAGUACAUGUAAAUAAAAACUGGAUCUUUUGUCUUGCACCUGGUAAUAAGCGCAGUGCGUUAUAUGGACUCGGUUUAAAAGGUAAAAACCGUGAAAGCAUUGAUUAAUUUCCGGUGAUCCAGCACGGCGCAUCCGUAAUAAAUAACACAGCCAGUAAGUCAAAGCUUCAGGCAGUCCAUGGCCGAACAGCAUGAACCCCACAGUUUCAGUCCAGCAGACCUGGCAACAGCUGCAAAACACAGCUGGUUCCCCCCACCCCCUCAACCCAUCUAUUCCUGCACCCUGACUCCUGAACUGGAGGCCAAGGCUCGAGAGGAGCUCCAGGAGAAGCCAGAGUGGCGUCUUCGAGAUGUCCAGGCGCUGAGAGACAUGAUUCUUAAGGAGCAACCCAACCUGCACACGCGGCUAGAUGACGCCUUCCUCCUGCGCUUCCUGCGGGCCAGGAAGUUUGACUAUGACCGCGCGCUGCAGCUCCUCCUUAACUACCACGCGGGUCGCAGGGCCUGGCCAGAGGUGUUCCAGGACCUGAAGCCGUCCACAGUCAAACACGUCCUGGACCUGGGCUUUCUCACGGUCCUGCCGCGGCCAGACCCCAGUGGCAGGUACAUCCUUUGUCUCCGCCCAGGGAAAUGGAAACCAAACGAUUAUCCGUUUGUUGACAAUGUGAGAGCCAUUUAUUUGACUCUAGAGAAGCUAAUCCAGCCUGAGGAAACACAGGUUAACGGCAUCAUCAUCUUGGUUGACUACACAGGAGUGGGCAUGUCACAGGCGUCCAAUCCAGGUCCGUUUCUUGCCAAAAAAGUUGUGAGCAUCCUCCAGGAUGGUUUUCCAAUCCGGAUCAAGGCGGUCAACAUCAUCAACGAGCCUCUGAUCUUCAAAGGCAUCUUUGCCAUAAUCAAGCCGUUUCUGAAGGAAAAGAUGGCAGAAAGGUACAUCCUCCAUGGCUCAGACCUGCGCUCUCUGCACCGUAACCUCCCAGCAUCCGUCCUGCCAGAGGAAUACGGCGGCACCGCCGGUCGGCUGGACAUGGGCGCAUGGUCCAGACUGCUGCUGGACUGCGAGGAGGAGUUCAUAGUGGAGUUCUGCCAGCCCGAUCCACUAGAGGGCGUCAUGCUUCCAGACUCGGUGCUGUAUGAAGGAGAGCAGGCCAGCGGGAGCGUGGAGGACACCUUCAGGAGUCUGCGCUCACAGCUUUACUACUGUUACUGAGGCGCGCUGCACGCUCCCACUGCUGAAGGAAGACUCAGUUUCCUCUGAAACGUGUAAAGGGCAAGUUCCCAAGAUAUUAUGUAGAUGAUUUAUUUUCCUAACUGGUUAGCACUUCUCUAGUAGAGUCCUCUUUAGUUUACACACAGCCCAGUAUUCGAUUGUCAUCCAAGGGAGCCCUGUUUCCGGUAUACAAUCAGCUGUUAUCGUUGGUCUGGUCUUACAUUGUUCAGAAGCUUUUUGUGCCUGCAAUUCAAUGCAACAGGUAUCACCUGCUGCUGCAAAAAGCUAAAAAGAAACUCCUCCUGAUUUCUAUUGAAUUAUAAAACAUCAGCUGGGGCCUUACAGCGCUGCCAAAGCUGUGAAAACAUCUGUAGGUGCCCUACUUGUUAAGUGCUAGAACCUGCUGAAAGUUAAUUUUAGCUUCUGCUGAGCUUUUUUGCCUGGAUGGAAAAUUGUCCUCUUUUCUGUGAAGUGGACUCUUAAAUGCUCGUUGUUAUCAGCAGGGUUAAUUACAGCAAAAAAAAAAAAAAAAGGCCUUUUGGCGAUGAAUAAAUGCUCAUCUGAACCCUUUCAGAUCAUCAUUGAUGUGAACAAAACAAAGUUUGUACAGCUAAUAUUUCCUGUUGUCUUCUUCCGGUCACUAUUUUCCAUUUGAGCUCAGAUGUGGCUUUCAUCCAAAAACUUUUUUUUUUAACUUAACAUGAAAAACAUUGCCUUUAACUGUCUGAAUUAUGUUAGAGUGGUGUGCGUUAAAGCAGUUCUGAUGUUCUCAGCAGUGCUGCUGUUCUGUGAGGAAGAACAUUGGUUAGAAACUGGACGAAAGUGUGGUCGAAAAUCACGUCGAACCAACUGUUUAAGAGCCUUUAUUUAGUCCAACUUUUUUAUAGCUUAAAUCUUUCAGUCUGAUUAUUUUAGGCAUUCAGCCUUAUGAUGUAUGUUUUGUUUUUGUGCGUUUUGUAUUAAUAUUUUUACAUGUUUGCAUGUUUUUCAUUAAUUACUGACUUUAAUCGUUUGGUUUGCCAAACAGGCCAUUUUUAUCAUGUGCAAUACUGUUGCAUCUGUCUUGUUGCUGAAGCCCAAAGCUUUUUAUUUUGGUCUUUUUGUAUUAUUUGUAGCACGUCUGUGACUGUAGGAUGUAUUUUGUUGUGUUUGAUCAAAACAGUAAAGUUUAGCUUCAAUACACUAAAGUACUGUUUUGCGUGUGUGCUGUGGGCGCUGCGGUUGGUGCAGGAUGGGCUACGCCCCCCGAGCCUAGUGGGACCUCGUGGCUAUUUUCCCAUUAUCACAUCUGUUUAAGCUGAGUUCCAAAAGCGGGGUCAUAAAUCCCCAAAGACGACAAAAACAAAGAGCUGACAGAAAGACACAGAUGUCGAUAUUUGGUUUAUGAUGUGAAAGUUAUGGACUGAGAAAGUAAUAAAUGAGAAACAAAGCGG